AUGAACCUAGCCAAGAAGAACCUCAAAUUCUCACUCAAAACCCCGCCGGCCACCUCCUCUCCUCCGCCGCCGCCAGACCCCACCGCAGUUGCCAAAUCGAUACUCAACUCCGGCGAUCCAGAAUCCCUUGCCCAAACCCUCAGCUCCAUCCCCAAGUGGAACCCUAACCUAGUCGAGACAGUCCUCAAACGUCUCUGGAACCAUGGCCCCAAAGCCCUCCAAUUCUUCGACCUCCUCGACCGGCACCACUCCCCGCACUGCCACUCCGCCGCCGUCUUCGACCACGCCAUCGACAUCGCUGCCCGACUGCGGGACUACAAGUCUGUCUGGGCCCUCGUGAGCCGAAUGCGGUCCAUGAAAUUGGGCCCCUCCCCCAAAACCUUUGCCAUAAUCACCGAGCGGUACGUUUCUGCCGGAAAAGCCGACAAGGCCGUCAAAGUGUUCCUGUCCAUGCACGAACACGGCUGCCAGCAGGACCUAAACUCGUUCAACACGUUUCUCGACGUUCUAUGCAAGUCUAAAAGGGCAGAAAUGGCUUACCGGCUGUUCAAGAUCUUCCGGGGGAGGUUUAGGGCCGACGUGAUCAGCUACAACAUCAUUGCAAAUGGUUUCUGCCUAAAGAAGCAGACCCCACGCGCCUUGGAAGUCGUGAAGGAGAUGGUGGAGAGGGGUUUGGAGCCAACCCUGACCACAUACAAUACACUGCUCAAGGGUUAUUUUGGGGCAGGGCAGAUCGAAGAAGGGUGGGCAUUUUUCUUGCAGAUGAAAAGGAGAAAGGUAGAAAUUGAUGUUGUGAGCUACACAACUGUGAUUCACGGACUUGGCGUUUCGGGCGAGGUGGAAAGGUCGAAAAAGGUGUUUGACGAGAUGUGUGGAGCCGGUGUGCUCCCUUCUGUUGCCACUUACAAUGCCCUGAUUCAGGUACUGUGCAAGAAGGACUGUGUGGAAAAUGCUGUUGUGGUGUUUGAGGAGAUGUUGAGAAAAGGCUACACGCCGAAUGCAACGACCUAUAAUGUUGUAAUUCGUGGGCUUUGCCAUGCGGGUAAAAUGGAUACAGCUGUUGAGUAUAUGGAGAAGAUGGGCAGUGAUUGUGAUCCAAACAUUCAGACGUUUAACGUGGUUAUUAGGUACUAUUGUGAUGAUGGGGAAAUCGAGAAAGCUUUGGAGGUGCUGGAUAGGAUGAAUGGUGGUGGGGCUUGUUUGCCGAAUUUGGAUACUUACAAUAUUCUGAUUGGUGCAAUGUUCGUGAGGAAGAAGUCGGAGGACUUGGUGGCUGCCGGGAACCUUUUGGUGGAAAUGGUCGAUCGGGGGUUUUUGCCUCGUAAGUUUAUUUUCAAUCGGGUGUUGAAUGGGCUUAUGCUGACUGGUAAUCAAGGAUUUGCUCAGGAGAUUCUGAGGAUGAUGAGUGUAAAUGGCAAUCUUCCUCGUCAUUUUAGGUUGUGA